UAUCAAAAUAUUUUCUUUUCUCCUCGAUUACAGGAGCAUUUUUCUUCUCGUUAACCUAUUCUGGUUAACGAAUGGUGGAUUCAUUUUAGAGGAACAACACGAGCCGUUGAUAAGAAUGGGCACAUACGUGUUGAAGGUAAGAUUCCCGGUAUUAGGAUUAGAAGAAGGAGGGAAGGCCUUAUUAAAAUCUAAGGCAGAUUAUAAUUAUACUUGUGUAUUAUUACAAAAAAUAAUAAAAAAUACACAUUGUAAUGUCAUGCUGAGUGAUUUAGAAAUGGCAUUCAACAAAAGCAUGGAUAUGAAUAAGUUCAUAAAAGAAUUUUUUCCAUCCCGAAGAACUCGUGGUUUUAUAACAGCCAUUGGAGGUAUGGAUUCUGAUGAUAGAAUUCGGGUGGAUAUAAAUCUGGACAAAUUAAGAAGGAACGAGGAAUCCUUGGUCUUAUCACUAGAUCAUCAAACUGCGACAAUUGAUGCUAUGUACAAAUUUGUAGACAGCUCAAUGUUGCAUAUAGAUGAUAAGAUGAAAAACGUGAUGAAUACGUUCAACACAUUAGGGAAACUGGUCCAAGACGACUUAAGUUUCGCUAGUACAUAUAAAAAGGCACUACAACUUGAGUCGGAAUUAAUUGAAAUUGGAUUUAGAAUUCAAUCUUUAAUAAAUGACUUAAAUAAACAACAGAAUAUUAUACUACAAGUCUUGCUUAAUAAAGACAAUAGUAUAACAUGGUUUAUUCAAUUACUAGAGCCAGCAAUUUUGUUGCAAAUAUUAAAAGAGGCUGAAAGUAAGAUCAAAGGGGGCCUCGAAUUUCCAAGAAGACAAAAUAGCGGAAUAUUGUCAGAGAUUUUGAGAAUAACGGAUGUAUCCUUUAAAACGGAGAACAACCAAAUGUUGUCAAUUGACCUGAAGAUACCGUUAGUUUCAAAGAGGAAAUUCAAAGCAUUUAAGGGAAGUUUUAUUCCACAAAUAAAUGGAACUAUUAUCAUGACCAUUAAUUUGGAUCGGAAUAUAAUAAUUGAGGAAAUUGAUAGCUAUUGGGGAUUCCUAUUAACGGAAACUCAAUACGAAAACUGCAAAAUAUACAUGAAUUUUAGAAUUUGUGAAUUAAAACUGAAGGAGGAAAAUUUAACUUCAGAAAACGAGUGCCUAUUGAAUCUCAGAUUCAGAAAUUCAACAGAAAAUUGUAAGAUUAAACUUCUGAGAGUCAAUCACGACGCUUGGUUUGAAACCGAGGAGUCAAAUGUUUGGGAGUAUGUAACCCCACAAGAAGUUGAAGUAAAUAUUUUCCAUGGAGAAAAUAAAACAAAAUUGAUUGUUAGGGGUACAGGUCGAAUGAGGCUAACCCCAAACAUGAGGAUUCAAACAAAUAACACAAAAAUUUGGUAUUCAGAUACUACAGUAUCGGAUAACAAAGCAUUAGUAAACACAAUGAACUACAAAAUAAUGAAUUUUACGUGGGAAGAAAGUACAAUGCAUUUGAUCCCAACAUUGAGUGGAAAUUUCUCUAAAGUUUCAUUCUAUGAUCGAAAGAAGCUUUUUGAUUUAGGAAUCGAUGUUGAAGUUCUCAAAAAGCAAAGACCCUUCCUAGAAAAUUUAAUUUAUUCUCCACUUUCAUCAGGCUGGACUAUAGCUAGUAUAGGGACUGGAGCAAUAAUUAUGUUGGCAACGUUGAUAGUACUUUUUAUUUGUUGCUUUAAAGGGCAGAUUUCUUGCCCACAAAACAAAAAGUACGUCUCUUCAUAUUCCAAGGAAAGGAAGUCGAAACCUUUUAAACAAAGGAAUCCAAAGGUUUCAAUUCUGAAAAAACCUCGUUCAUCACCUCCAAAGAUACCGUUGAGAGGACAAAAGAUUACCCAUUUAGGGCCAUUGAUCGACCCACGGGAACCGAAUUCAGACGCUGAGAUGCUUAAAAGGAGGAAAGAUAUUUUCGCCAAUCCAAAUUUAGAACAUAAUGGAGAAAUCAUGCUCAUGCGUGAAUUAAAUCCACAAGCGAAUUUACCAGCAAUUCAAAAAUUAGAAGAAGAAUAUAUGGAACCAGAUAUAUUUCAAACCUCAACAGGAAUAACAAAUGAAAGCGAUAUCCAGGGGAUAUCAGAAAAUAAGACAAUUAUAAAAACACAAACUAGAAGACCACCAGUCAGAAUUCGGUGGUAGAAAAAGUUGAUACAGAGCGACAACCUACAGCUAAUUAUAACAUAAUGCGUUCGCCAAUAACAACAAAAAAGCAUUUGAAUGAACCGAAGAGCUGGAAAUCCAGGAUAAGUAAAUGUCUUGUCAAAGAUUGUCAAAAAUGUCUGCACGUAAUAAUGUCAAAUAGAUGAGCACUAUAAAAGAAUUAAAAGGGGAAGAGGAAACAUACCUCCCAUAAAUAACGCGAAAGAGUAAAACUUUGAUUAAUUAAAUCGGAAGAGACCCCACAUUAUUUGAAAGAAGGGCCUUUCAAAUGAAAAUAGAAGAAAUGAAAUAUUGACCUAGAGCGGAUAAAAGUUUCCCUCGUUACAAUCAGUAUCCCAUGGGAAAUGUUAAAUGAGAUCGUACUUACCGUUCGACAAUAGUAAAAUUGAACAUUGUCGAUAAACUGAAUUUUUUUUUUACGAUUUUUUAUGUUUGAAUGGAUAGUGAAUUAUUGGACAAGGGAACACUACCUAGAAUGACUGUGAUUUGAAUGAAAUAACAAGGGAGUAGUGACCCAGAAUGGUAGUUAUUGAGUAUACGAAUUGUUAAUUAUAUUAUAUACAGCAAUGUAUUAAGAAUUUAUUUUACUCAUUUCUUUUUGCAGACAGAGCAAAUGAGAUACGAACAGGCCUAUAGCCUAGGAAAUUGAGAUUAAUCCUGCCUAAAACCUCAAAUCAGGGGGGGUUUUAGGUCAACAGCAAUUUACCAGGCGAUCCACAGAAGACGAGAAGGAAGAUAAACCAGAAUGGUGAAUAGAAGGAAGGUAAAACAGAAUGAUGGUAUGGUGAGUGUAGAUUGCUGCUAUACGGUAAUGCAAGUGUAAUUUUGGGUUAUCCUUUUCGGUAUUAAAUACUUGCAUUGCUGUAGACCUGUUUUUUUUUUUUCAUAUUUCCAAUAUUUUUACUUUUAAUUUGGUAUAAGAUUUUUUGGCUUAAUUAUUGACAAGAGGGGUGAAUUAUCAUGAAUUCUCAAAAUUAUAUAUUUGUGAGAAAAAUAUUUUUCUUGACUCUAUAUUUUGAGUAAGAAAAUGGAAAUAUUAAAAUUAAAAUUGUUUUCAUUAUUAAUAAAUAUUAAAGACAUAUAUGCUUAAAUGGGAAAACAUGAAAAAGGUAUCAAAUUGGGAAGAAGUUGACAAUAGGAGAGAGUAGAGAAUAGAAAA